UUUUCACACGUUGUCGUGCAGAGGAAAGAGACCAUAAUGGCUCGGUCUUAAGCCCGCCCAUCAGUCGGAUCUCUAAAUUCUUGGCGAAUCUGUCUGUUGGAAUUUUGCUUUCCCGAAUUGGCUGAGAGAGAGAGAGUUCGAAUCGAGCAUUUUCGAAUCCUUGCGGGUGUGAUUCAGGAGGGGAGCGGAGCGGCGACGCCCGGUGACGGCAAUGGCGAGCCGGUUGCAGCAGCUCCCGGGUGACGAGUCCGUGCUCCUUCGGCUCUCCCACUCCAACCUCAAGACCUUCUCUUCCGAAAUCCGUCUCUCGCUUCAGACCACGGUGGAGUCCGUGAAAGACAAGCUUUGGAGGAAAUGCGGUACGUCUGUGGAAUCGAUGCGCCUCGACCUCUAUGAUGACACCGGGUCCAAAGUUUGUAGCUUGGAUGAUAACAACAGGCCACUGGGUUUUUACUCGCCGACUGAUGGGUAUCGGUUGCAUAUUAUAGAUGUCGAUCCAUCAUCUGUAACCUCUGGUGGCUGGUUAGAAGAUACUUCAUUGGUGGAAAAAUAUCAAAUUUCAGAUGACGCUUAUGAUAAACGCGAUGGAACUUUCCGGAAAUUUAAGGAAAAAAUCUCAUCCCCAAAUCCAUCAGCUUUUGAGCCGAAGAUAACAGACAACUACAUGGAAGAUCUCUGCACUAAUGUCAAGGUGGGAGAUAGGUGUGAAGUUGAGCCAGGGGCUAAAAGAGGAGUAGUGAAAUUUGUGGGUAAAGCAGAAUCUCUUGCACCUGGUUUCUGGGUUGGAGUUCAAUAUGAUGAACCAUUGGGAAAGCAUGAUGGCAUGGUGAAAGGGACACGGUACUUCAACUGUCCUCCACUUCAUGGUGCAGUGGUCAGACCAGACAAAGUAAAGGUUGGGGACUACCCUGAACGAGAUAUUUUUGAGGAAGAUGAGAUAUAAGCAGUGCAGUGGGCGUUUCUGUUUCGGCUUAGUACUUUUGCAGUUUGCAUUUUGUAAGUUUUCUUCCAGUUUUGUGGCGCUGAUUCUCGACUUAGUUUCUCUGCACAAGUGCCCUUAAGUACAUGAAUAUUGGAAUACCCCAACCAUGUAACCUGGAGUAGCCUUGUUGUUUGCAAUUACUAUUUUGUAUCCAUUGCUUAA